UUUUUAUUUAUUUAAGUUUUUUUGGGAAAACAGCAUUUUAAAUUAUACAAUAAUUAUACAAAUGUUUGUUUUUCAUGAUUUAUGAGUUUGUCAUUGUCUUGAUUUGAAUAAGCUAAGUAAAAAUAUAAAUAAAAACUAAAUGUUUUGUUUGUAUGACAGCUCUUGCUGAUGCUUAUUCAGACUUUUUGAAUACUCAACAGGUGCAUUAUGAUGACUUUGGCUUGAGGAACAUCUUGUCUGUUUUGAGAACGUUGGGUGCUGUUAAGAGGUCCAAUCCAACAGAGCCAGAAAAGACUGGGAUCAUGAGAGUCCUGCGUGACAUGAACCUCUCCAAAAUGGUUGAUGAAGAUGAGCCUCUGUUCAUGAGUCUGAUCAAUGACCUGUUUCCGAGGAUCAUGCUGGAUAAAGCUGGUUACCCUGACCUGGAAGCUGCUAUCACCAAACAAGCUGAAGAAGCAGGACUGAUUGCACACUCACCCACCCUGGAUUCUCAAACUUGUGCAACUGUAUGAGACUUGGUUAGUCAUUCAUUAUUCAUUUGACAAAUAUAUGUUAAAUGCUCUGAGUACACAGAGUGGAGGCUGUUGUUCUGUUUGUUCUCUGUACAUGGGUAUGAUGACCCUUGGCCCAAGUGGAACUGAAAAAACUACAUGUGACCACAGCUAAUGACUGGACAGAUGGCCAGGUGACCAUUAGACACGAGGGUAGUAUUCACAUACAGUUUAAGAAGGUAUCUAAUAGUGUGAAGUGUUUACAACUUCAAUUCAGAAAUGGAUCAAUAUUAGCCUGUUAACCGUUUAUGCAUAUGAAAAGCUCUAUUGAUUUUCUUUUUUGACAUUGCCCAAGGAAAGGUCAGACAGAAUUGUGUGCACUGUUUUUAA